AUGUCAAAGACUAUCGGUGCUAGCAGUCAACCGAGUGACGAAGCCUUCAUACGGGAGGUGCUCCGAACUUGGAAUGGGUCAAAACAGCGUCGUCGUCGCGCCAAGCGACCGGAACCAGUGUCCAAGAAACCUCGUAAAGAGAUCCGAUCGGGGCCCCUGAUCGGUAGUGAUACAGGGUCAGACAUCUCUGAUGAUGAUAUGGUCAUCCAGCAAGCUGAUGAUCGUGAUAGACCCGUUCUACGCGCACAAAGACGUGCGAAAUAUGUGGCGUUGCGUAACAUGCAAGAAUAUUUCGCCGCAGAUGCGGAUUCAUCAGAGUCCGAAUGA